AGCUAUUAAAGGCAUGAUUACCAAGCUGUGGUCUGGCUGCAGCACGAGGAGAGGUGAUACCUACUGCCAGUGUUGGUGUGAGCAGAACGUGCCCAGCUGCCAUCCUCUGCCCACUGUGGUGGCAGGCAUCCAACCACAGCAUUUGUUGCACAAGGAACUUCUCCUGACGCCGGAUAUUGCCAGCACACCUCAGCUGGGUCAGCUCCAAGCUCAACUUGCACGGCUCUUUGAAAGAAGCAAAAGAAAGGGUGAACGAGACGUCAAUCACCGUGCUGCUGUUUCACGCCCCUUAAAUAAAGACGGGGUCUUCGAGCUGAAGAUGGAAUUCGCUGUUUCCAUCGGUUCACUCAUUCACGGCCCGGGCGCCGCUCCAACAGCUCCGCAUUUCCCCGAGAUCGGCACGUGGGGGAGCUGUGGCCGCAGGACCGAGCUCAGUGCUGGGAGAGGAGCGGGAGGAAGCGAGGGCUGCAGCCUUUCCGCUCCACUGCCCACCCCGCAGCCGCGCCAGGAGUCAGGAGGGAGCAUCCCUGACUUCAAGCUGUCAGCUGUGCGACUGCUGCAACAGGAGAGCGGGAGGGAGCUGCCAGCGGAGUGGCAGUUCCAAGGGAAGCUGCUGUGUGCUACCACCUUCUGUAAGAGAGCAGAACUGCAGCGCAUUCUGCCCCGGCUCUGAAAAUGCUUUGUCCAGGUGUGCCACGUAUGUGGGCUGCAGAACUGGCACUGCGCAGCCUGGGAAGCAGAAGGAGCCCAAGGACGAUGAGUGCAGUGUUUGACAACACCUCUCUGCAGUUCCCUUGCUGUGCAGAACAGUCAGCCCCACAUAUGUGGCACUGUGACACCUUCAUUAGUGACACGACCACCUGCAUCUGUUAGAAAUCGACCGAAACCAUCUGCCUGCUUUGCCUUGCCAGUCUGCAGGCGAUGUCGCUUACCGGAUCCAGGCAAUGAAAGCCCAACGUUCUAUCUGCAGCUCAGCAAUACACUUCAGUACUUACUGCCAGAAUCAUUUAUUAGCAGAAAACAUCUUUUGCUGUAAGGCAAACAAUUAGCAGAGAAUUUCUGUAAUUCUUGGUGAAGAGGCCAAACUGUUAGCAGCAGCUCAUACCUGCAAUUGAAAAGACUGCUCUGAGAUGAACCAAAAUGCGUACAGAAAUUUCAUACUUACAUAUAAAAUAUAUAGUUUUACAUUUCUUAACUUUAAAUACAUCGUUCUUUUGAUGUAAGAAACACACACCCUACAGUUCAUUUGCAGAAGCGCAGCAGGAGAUGCCCGACCUCGCAUGCCUCCCCUGGGCGAGCAGACGAGAUGCGCAGCAGUGCCUGCAGUCUGUGGGUCAAGAGAAGCCCCUGCUCACGUUCUUCCUAAUCUGCAAUCCCAGCAGGAAACACAGCAGAGUUACACAGAUCAUCAGAGCCUACGGACAUUUGUGAACCUCUGCUCAAAUCUGCUCUGAAUCCAUCCAAAGAUGGCGUGACAGCAGGUCAGACUUGCAAGCCUUCAGCCUCAAAAGCAAUUCCAAGUUUCACAGGAAGUUUUGUACAAAAAUCCCUUUUAAAAAACCAAUAAAAACUGAAGGUAAAAUCGUCACUCAUGAAGGUUACAGCAGCAUCCACUGCAGUGCAGUUAUUUAACAUGUGCCAUUUUUGACGCGUACAUCGUGAUUUGCCUCUCCCUGUACCCAGGCCACCCACCACCUUUCAGGGACUUUUCCAUCUCAGCCGUUCCCAUAAAGACACAGACUUAUCCUGCUUUGAUACCAGCUGACCGAUGAGGAUAAAACCUCAACAGGCCUUAAACCUGCACUUAUUUUUUCCCUGCUGCUACCUCAAGCAGGAAAGCACUGCUGAUGGAUGAUGGAAACAUGAAGGUGUCAGGGUACGGGGGUGCUUAAAUCUAGACAGGGUUCUUCUAAUCUGUAGAAAAAGCCAAGAGUAAUCACUCUUACACAGGAAGAAAUGGAAGGAAAACAGUAUGACAAAGUAAAAUGUUUGAUUUAGAACAGAUUAUAAUGACAGUCUUGCUUACGAAGCACCAAUAUCCAGUUUUAAACUCGAGUGGAAGUUACAAGCCAUGAAACUUGACGAGAGGAAGAAAAUCAGUUUGCGAGGGUUGCAUGACAUCCAGAACAGGAACAUCCUCCCCAGGCCCAAGCUGGACUCUGUCUGACAGAGGCACAGACCUCCUGCAGCUGGACCUGCUGGUCCAGGAUCUCAGGUCCUGUGCUCUGGACCACACGAGCUGGUGGCAGUUCAAAGAAGCAGCAGAUCAGACACUUCCUCAUGAGCUACUGUGCAUAUUUUUGAGGUGUGAUGCAAAAAGUGGAUUUCACCAUCCUUCCCUUGGUUGACAAACAGGGUCAUGUUUUCAUCCUGGCCCUGGGAAAGGACAGCAGUGAUGGUGGAUCAGCCACUUGCCUGGCAAGAUUUCUGCUGCUGACUGCACACACCUCUCACCUUACCCGAGGCUGUGUUCAGUUUCACUAAACUGAGAGAAAGCCUUCCUCCAGCUUAAGUAAGAGCAGAUUCUCAUGGUGUAAGAGGAUACAAGCAUCCCAGUUCUGAUAUGAAGUUAUCUGAUGAGCCGUAAGGAAUGUCAGCUCCUUGCUGCAGUUCAAGAACCUACCUUAAACUGCAGGACCAGACUGCGUGAGAACAGUCUCCCUGCAGCUAAUGCUGUGUUAGUACUGCUUUGCAUGCUGUCCCAUCACAGCUUUGCUAUCCAAAGCCUGCAAAGAACAAAUUGAAACUAAGCAGAAUCUUAGGACACAGUUCUUCUUCCAGGGUUUUAAGGAUGGAAGCAAAGGUGUAGGUUAAUUCAGAUGGGAUGUGCUUGAGGCAGCACAAAGAACACACCCCAGCAAUGCAAGUACCACAGAAGAAAACAGCUGUGCUGCCAUGGUAGUUGGAAGAAAUUAUAUAUGAGAGACAAACAAUCUCCAAAUCACUUCUCCAACAACCAUUAUGUCCCAGUGGCAGUGUCUCCAUUAUACAGACUGAGAAGCAAAAGCCACUUUGAGGAACUGGGCCAGUUACUUAUCUACCGUUUUCUUGGAGAUUCCUUUGAGCACUCUACUUGAACCACAGCUUAUUUCUGCAUUCUGUGAACCCAGAACUUAGAAAUCAUUCCCUCAAUCUCUACACCGAGCAAAGAGAUAACAUUUUUUUAUUCCUCUGAUCUACCAGCAACAAAUUUCUGCAUUUGUUCUUAUGCAUUAACAAUUAUUUG